AUGUCAAACCAUUCUUCAAAUUUCUCUGCUGGACGACUUCCUCCCAUUGACUCCAAAGACUAUCCCCCAUCACAAGGCAGCAGUAGUAGCAAUGCACGCUUCUCUGACCAUUUGCCGGCUCAGCAAUCGCAUCUUGCCAAUGUACGAUUGCCAGCUUCUCAACCAGUUAAACAAGAGGACAACGUGUUGGCACCUAUAGGAGGUCCAUCCUCACCAGCGAGUCGUGCACCACCACCACCACCACCGCAUUCAUCCAUGUCACAGCAACAAACCCCAGCACCACCAUCAUCCUCCUCUGGCAAUGUACCUGAAUCAUCCAGCUUUACAUCACAAUCCCACGAUCCACAGGCACAGCGACGACGAGGUGAUAGUCAAUCUCCACGAUCCUAUUUGGACGCACAUGUGGUACCUACGCUCUUAGAAGGCAUGAAAUUGGUAGUAACUGAACGACCAUCUGAUCCUCUUGCUUUCCUUGGCCAAUAUUUACUUGAUUGUUCAGCCAAUAUGAAGAAUGAAAACCAUAGACCAUCAUCAUCAUCCAUCCAAUCACGACCACCACCAGCACCACCAUCAUCGUCAUCGUCAUCACAACAACAACAAUUACCAUCACUUAGUGCAGAACUCCCACAAUCCAUGUUUAUCAAAAAAGAACAGCCUUAA